UUCACAUCUUAUCUCUCAUUAUUCCUCAAAAAGAAAAUUACAAGAGAUGACUGCUGCCAUUUUGUUAAGGUCGUUAGGUUUUUUUAUACUCCUUCACUGUGUACUUGGCAGUGCUGCGGAUCCAACUGAAGGCUUUGUACAGCUCCCAUUUAACACUUCUUAUUACUAUAUCCAGAAACCCUAUGACUUGAAAGUAAGCCAACGGUAUAGCUUUGAGGAUGGAGUCCACAGGCUUUGGGUCUACUCCACUGAUAAGCCUUUGGCCAAGAGUAGUCCUACCAGGCCUCGAUCAGAAGUCAUAAUCAAUGGAUAUAAUUACACUUCUGGGAUAUGGCAAUUUGAAGGAUAUGCGUACGUGCCAUCAGGGACAUCUGGUGUAUGUAUAUUUCAAGUGUUUGGGGCCAGUCCUAAUGCCACCAUUACUACAACCCUUAUGCUUAGAGUGUACAAUGGGACACUGAAGUACUACACUGACCCAAUGCUUCUUCCAGAAAUUUACGACAGAUGGUUCAGAGUAAAUGUAAUUCACGACAUGGAUGGCAACAGAGCCAUGGCUUACAUUGACGGAGUUAAAUUAUACGAGGGGCCUGGCCGUGGUGGCGAAUUUCAUUUCUUCAAGUUUGGUGUUUAUGCCCAGAAAAAUGAUUCCUAUUACAUGGAGUCUCGCUGGAAGGGAAUCAAGAUUUUUAACAAAACUUCAACUCCAUGGGUCGACGAGUCUGGUGAGAAACAUGAUCCAUUCACGCGUCAUCAUCGUCCCCGUCAUCAUCAUGCAGUCGAGCGUCCUCAUUAGAUUCUCUAUCAAAUAUGUACAUUCUGUAUCGAAGUAUAUCUAAUAGCCCAACCAAUAAAAUAAUGAAACUUCCUCCUUUUGAAAAAAUUGUAAAAUUAAAUAUAAGAUAUUAUUAUUACAUAAGUUAUUUUUUA